AAGCUUCUUUUAUGAUGAGAGCGGGACUUAUCUGCAUGUCAGCUAGAACAACUGCAUCUGGGUCUUUAAGGGCUUUUGUAUCGUGUCAACAAACAUGGACUGCAAAACUCAGAAAUUCAAUAAUAUUGUACUGGUGAUGUGAAAACGCUUAGAGGAUGUUAAAAAGGACGUUAAAAAGAUACUUUUUGUCACAGCCCUCCAUUUUAAUCUGAAGAAAAAAGUUUAGAUCAGAUUAUUUUGUUAAAAACUAAAUGAGUUGUAUCCAGCAACUUUUUUUUUUUUUUGCAGUUGCUUUCUUUUUAGUUACCUUUGAGUUUAGAAACUCACAUACAUAUUUGUGACACUGAGAGGUAGCUCCCUUCAUGCAUCACAUUUGCACAAAGUGAUAAAUCUAACUACCGGUGCUUUGUUUCCUGGAGGUGGUGGGUGACACCCUAACCCAGGGCAGCUUCCUAAUUCUUCACACUCAAGACGAAUCAAAGAAAAGCAAGUGUCUCUGUUCUGUCUGCUGAAGAUUCACAGGUCUCAUCAAACCGCUUUCACUGGAAAAAUGACUUCCAUCAUCAUGAUGUUCGCAGCUCUGGCAGCAGCAGCUCGAGCAAAUGGUCCUACUGUAUGCAGUUUCAUCGAAUCCCCUAGAAUUGAGCAGUGUUUUGGAACAGAGGGACAGCCACUGAUUUUUCAUCUGUCAAAUACAAUAAAUACGGAUGUCAGUCUGACGAAGGACAAUCGAUUCCAAAUCUUCGAUUUUAAAAAAAGUGUGACUAAGUCAGUUAAUAGUGAAUAUGUGUCUCAGUCUACGACCUACAAUGGAACCCUUAAUCUGGGAAAAGCAAUGAAGAAGCACUCCGGACAUUACCUACUGGAAGAAUAUGGAACUGAUGGCAAAAACGUGAAAAAAGUCAAUAUGUCACUGCACGUUGAAAUUCCGGUGGCCAAACCAGCACUUUCUCAGAAGUGUUUUUCUCAAGAGAAGAAGAUAAUCACGUGCUCCUCUAAAAUAGCUGAUACAGAAUUAGAUGCAGAAUUGAUUUUGGAAUUGGAUAAUCAAUUGAAUGUACACAAUCAAGGCCACUGUCAGAUCCUAAGCAACUGUUCAAGUAAAAAAUGCAGUGUUUUAAGGGUUUCCAUCAAGUUAAAUGGAGAACUCACUGGAAGCGUUAAGUGUAAGGUUUGGAACAAUGUCACCGAGGAAGAAACAGUCACCCAUUUGUCUCCGUGCAGAUGUACAAAGAUUAAAGGACUUGAUACUGUGAGCGUGGCUGUGAUAGCUCUCAUUGCUGUGGCUGUUCUUUUGGUGGUCAUCGGACUUGUUAUUGGGUCUUGUGAAAAACCAAGACCCAGAUCAACUAAUGAAGGAGUAAUGGAAUGCAAUGUAACCAAACCUACUGAAACCCAGCAGUGUUUCGGAGCACUUGGGGAACCACUGAUUCUUCACCUGCCUGUUGAUAAAACUAUACAAACAACGCUGAAAAAGGGUACUCAGUUCUCAUUGAGGUUUAAUGGUAUUUCACAAAAAGAUAUGAAUGCAGAAACAGUCAGGUCAAAGAAUCCAUUCACACAGCUCGAUAAUGGAACAUUGAGGAUUGAUCAGACAACAAAGAACGACGCUGGAGUUUAUCAACUUGAAGUACAUUCAUCUUCCGAUGGCAAGUUUCUACAGAAAACCAACAUCAACCUAAAAAUACUUGCUGCAGUGACACAACCAGCUGUGUCUCACAGGUGUUUGUCAGCAGAACAGAUGACAGUCAGCUGCUCAGCUGAGGGAGAUGAAGUGAACCUAACUUUGUCUUUGGACAACAACACCCUGAUACACAGCAGACCAGAGAGCACAGAGAGCCAAAGCCUUACUGAGAUAACCAUCAGGCUACACGGUCAACUUGUAGGAAAGCUGGUGUGUGAUGUUCAGAACAACGUCAGCAGGAAGCAGACAGACGUCCAGGUGACAGGCUGUGGAAGCAGUGCGGGUGAUGGUGAUGAAGAUGAAGUCGUGUACUCAGAUGUCAGAGUGACCCGUGCUGCCCGUUAG